AUGGCAUCCGACGCAGCAAACGGUGCACCAUAUCCGAAGACGACUGUACUUAUCCUAGGCGCAGGCGUGUCCGGUAUUGCCGCUGCAAAAGCGCUGUCGGAAAGAUCGAUUUCCAAUUUCAUCAUCGUUGAUCGAAACGACUACAUUGGCGGCCGCAUGCGCAAAUCCGAAUUCGGAAAGGAACGAGAUGGAAGAGCGCCGUGGACAGUGGAAAUGGGCGCCAAUUGGGUGCAGGGCCUGCAUACCCGAGAAGGCAAAGAAAACCCCGUGUGGUCUCUCGCCAAGAAGCACAAGCUGCAAACCUCCCCCUUUGACUUCUUCAGAGGCAAGGCUUACACGAGGGGCGGACCGAUAGACGUUAAGAGUCUGGACGACAAGUAUCUCCAGGCGGAACAGACUGCCAGAGCCUUUGCACUGGAUACCCUCAGGGCCGGGGGGCCGGACAUGAACGUGCGCGCCGCGCUGGGGGAGUACGGUUGGACCGCUGCUCCUGGGGAUGCAAAAGCAGCCCUUAUCGACUGGUGCCGCGUGGACUGGGAGACUGGGGUUCCGCCUGAGCAGACCAGCUCUUUGGACUUCUACACACACUUUGAGCGGUACGAGAAGGACGAAGAGCUGAUUGCGUCCGAGUCCAACAACCGCUUUGCUCACGACGAGCGCGGCUUCGGCGUCUGGCUGCAGAACGAGGCUUCCGAGUUCUUGAAAAAGGACAAUUCUCAACUGAGGCUCAACGCGGUGGUGGAGUCUGUAUGUUACGGAGAUACAGGCGUGACGGCUACGUUCGAGGAUGGGAGCACCAUCUCUGCCGACUACGCCAUCUGCACGUUUUCGAUUGGGGUUCUUCAACACGACCUUGUCGCUUUCCAUCCUCCAUUCCCUGCGUGGAAGCGCAGCUCCAUCCAGGCUUUCACCAUGGGGACCUACACUAAGCUCUUCCUACAAUUCCCAUCCGACAUCUCCUCCUGGUGGCCUGACGACAGCGACCUCAUCCUCUACGCCGACCCGUUCGAGCGCGGCAAGUUCCCCGUCUGGCAAUCGCUCAACCACAACUUCCCCGGCUCCAACAUUGUCUUCACCACAGCCACGGCGCCCCUGUCCUACAGGCUCGAGGCUCAAUCGGACUCGGAGACGCUCGCCGAGGUGAUGAGCGUCUUGCGCUCAAUGUUCCCCGACAAGGAAAUCCCCAACCCGUGUGACUUCACGUAUCCGCGCUGGAGCUUGGAUCCGUCAAGCAUGGGCAGCUAUUCGAACUGGCCGCCGGCGUUUACGGUGCGUCAACAUCGAAACGUAUGCCAGGAGCUGGGCAGACUUUUCUUUGCCGGCGAGGCCUGUUCGGCCGAGUUCAACGGUUUUUUGCAUGGCGCGUGGCACAGCGGCGACGACGUCGGCCGACAUGUCAGGAGGUUGGUCAAGAAGGAGCAGAAUCGACGUGGCGCAUCGAGCAGAGUGAAUGAGUCACUCUCGGCGGUCUCUGACACCCGGCACACCCUUCGAUUGAGGCCGCACCUCUAA